AUGCGUGCAAGUUUCACAGAUAUUCAUCCGAAUGCAAAAUGGGCACAGAAUGGUAUCACUGUUGCUGGAGGAAAUGGAUAUGGCAGUGAAACCAAUCAACUCUCUUGUCCAUGGGGUUUGUACAUCGACGAUGAUCAAACGAUUUAUGUCGCUGAUUCUGCUAAUUGUCGUAUUGUGGAAUGGAAAUCUGGUGCAACGAAUGGAAAAGUAGUUGCUGGUGGAAAUGGAUCAGGUAAUGGAGCUCAUCAGUUAAACUGCCCACUAGAUGUGAUUAUCGACAAAGAGAGCGAUAGUCUCAUCAUCAACGAUAGAGGGAAUAUAAGAGUAGUUCGAUGGCCUCGUCGAAAUGGUACUAGUGGAGAAACAAUUAUUUCCAAUAUCUCUUGCGGAGGUUUGAUAAUGGACGACAAUGGUUAUCUCUAUGUCGUUGACCAAGGAAAACAUGAAGUGAGACGAUAUAAAAUUGGUGACACUCAAGGAACAGUAGUUACAGGCGGCAAUGGACAAGGAAAUGGUCUCGAUCAACUCUCUAAUCCCCAAUGGCUAUUUGUCGAUCGAGAUCAUUCAGUUUAUAUGUCUGAUUAUAAAAAUGAUCGUGUAAUGAAAUGGGAAGAAGGUGGAAAACAAGGCAUUGUCGUAGCCGGUGACCAAGGAGAAGAAAAUAGUCUUACACAAUUGUAUUAUCCUGAAGGAGUCGUUGUCGAUCAAUUGGGUACUGUCUAUGUGACUGAUAAAGGUAAUCAUCGAAUCAUGCGUUGGCCAAAAGGAGCCACACAAGGAAGUAUCAUUGUUGGUGGAAACGGUCAAGGAGCACAGCCGAAUCAACUCAAUUAUCCCAUAGGUUUAUCAUUCGAUCGACAUGUAUGUGAAGGUCGUCGUCGUUCAUCUGAUUUAAAUGCCAUACAGGAUGAUUCAGGUGUUUUUCUUCAUACAACAUUAAAUCAUAUUAAGCGUGAUGCACGUUCACCAAAAUUAUUUUAUCCAGCAGUUGGAUUUAAAUCAGAAAAAUUAGUUGGACGUUGUCAAAUCGCUUAUCGUUUAACAACACAUGAGAAAUUUCAAGAAGCUGUUGAAAAAUUUCGUUCAAUAUUAUUAUCUGUUGCAUUAUGUAUUGUUGAAUCACGUCAAGAUAUUCUUGAGAGUCAACAAUUAACUGAAAUAUGUAAAGAAUAUACUGUUGGUUUACAAAUUGAAAAUCCAUUAUCCGGUGCAGCCCAUUUAUCGGAAUUUAAAGGACAAUUAUGUCGUGUUACAAAAGCGACUGAAAUUGGAAAAGAAUCUCUUGAGCUUAGAAUUACAAUGAGCCAAUUUUAUAAUCAUUACGGUGAUGAAAAUCUUGAUUCUACUAUAGAAAAACAUGAUCUUAAUGGAGCAUUUCCAAGAACUGUUAUAAUAACAACAAUGAAACGAGAAACAACACCAUCGGGAAGAUGCGUUAUUGAAAAACAAAUUCAAUAA